AUGGAGUCUACUACACCAUCGUUCUCCUCUUCGCAGGGUACCUUGUUGCCAGAGGACCAUGUCAUGUACAACACAUCUCCAACAUACUCCUCUCCCGUGCGCCCAACUUCAAACCACUCAAGCUUCCCCCAAUCGACAGACGGCCUGGGCAUCUCUUUCUGCGGCAUGGAAUCUCCGUUCAGUCAGUUACAGGCCUGCCAGCCCCCCGAUCCGUAUACGUUCUCCGCACCGGGCUGUCCCGACUACAUCUUAUCCACUGAGCCUCUUUAUGAGACUGCGCUGGACGUUGGUCCUCUCUCACCUGCGACGUGCUACGAGUCGUACAGUGGACACACGGAUGUGUCUGCUUCUCCAUUGAGUUUCUACAGUACUCACGCGCUGAGUGCUUCGCCAACAUACAGUUCAGUCAUGGACUUUGGGGGGACUUGCGAUGGCUUGCCCGCUCAGUUGCCUGCGGGUUGGCCGACUACACCAACCAUCAAGGUGGAGGAAAAUAUGGACAACUGUUGGGAUCAGCCGUUGUUUGCAGAAGGAAGACCCGUGAAUAAAGUGCCAGCCUUGCCGCAAAUGCAUCGGUUUACUGCGGUUCAUAAUUCGCAAAUAGUUGGAAGAGAUGACAAUGAUAGGCUGCUGAAGCUGGAACCAAAGGUGGAGCGGGCCGCGAGCCACAGUCCACGAUCCCCAGUUUAUGACCCGGUUCCUGAUGUACCAAUCAAGGUUGAAGAGGAAAUGGAACCGUUGCGAAAAGAGAAUAUCCCUUCUGCGAAUGGCCUGCAGUGUACCGUGUGCGGUUAUCGGUUUACUCGACGCUCAAACUGUCGCGAGCACAUGAAGAGACACGACCCCAGCCGCAAAAAAACCCAUCCGUGCGGGCAAUGCGAGAGAUUGUUUGGGAGGAGGUCAGACCUUCAGAGACAUGUGGAUAGUAUUCAUCGCGGGCUCCGAAAGUAUGGUUGCGAUCUGUGUGGCCGCCGGUUCACCCGGCAGGACACCCUUUCUAGACACAGAGGAGAUGGCUGCGAUCGAAAAACACGGAAAAUUCGAGGAUUCGCAAAACGAGACGAGACGAAUGUACCGGAUGCACAGGCACUUCCUUCGCCUUCGGCAUCGCCGGAGAACAACAAACACCCCGUGAGAAGCACAGAGCUUGGCCUACGAAUUAAUUAA